AUGAGAAUAUUUGAAGAGCCGAUAUCGUUGGAAGAGGCGGCGCUGUCUGCGCACGCGAUGGCACAGCCAAGCCGCAAAAGUUACGUACAUGGCUGUUCUCACAUUCCAUUACUAUUCGAAACUGUUGGAGAACGAUUACGUAGUGCUGUGGACCAGACUCCUAACAAGGAAUUUGUGAUAUUCAAACGAGAGAACAUCCGUCGGACGUACCUUCAGCUGCUAAAAGACGCAGAACGCCUUGCAUGUGGUCUUAUCCAUCUUGGGUUAGAAAAGGGUGAUCGUGUCGGCAUUUGGGGUCCAAAUACCUAUGAAUGGAUCACCACACAAUUUGCUACUGCAUUGGGUGGAAUGGUGCUGGUGAACAUCAAUCCUUCAUACCAGUCUGAGGAACUUCGGUUCGCUCUUGGAAAAGUAGACAUCAAAGCUCUUAUCACACCCCCAGGAUUCAAAAAGUCGAGCUAUUAUAGAAGUGUCACU